AUGCAAGGCCGCUCAUCCUCGCAGACACCCUACGUCAACGGCAAUAUGCCUGGGCCUUCGCAGUACCAAUAUUCAUCCAACGUCGGGGCCUCUGCAGCGCAGGCAGCAGCGGCAGCCUUGUCCAAUCCAUACGCGCAAUUUCAGUAUCCUCAGGCUCCCCACUAUGCUCAGGCAUAUGCACACUUUCGCACUCCAGGAACUUCCAUGCCCAAUCUCACCACGGAAGGCUACACACUCUCCUCCACGUACGUCUCUAGCUCUCACACCGGUCCCUCGGCGGCCUCCGCUGGUAUGCAGCGACCGGGACCGCAGAAGCCCUCUCCUCGUGGACCUGUGCAGGCGCAUUGGUAUCAGCCAGGUAAUUGCCAUUGCAGCAAACCCGGGUGCUCUUUCACGGGCUCGAAGAAGGCCGUGGAGAUCCAUAUGAUGGACAGACACCUGAUUUAUCCUCCUGGGUGGAAACAGAGGAAGACGAGAGACGAUUGGGACGCAGACCCCAGUCUGAAAGGGAAGCCUAUUCCUAUCCAAGGUACGACCAUGAAGCUCGACACGCCAGAAGCCAUUGAGGCUUGGAUUGCUGAGCGCAAGAAGAGAUUUCCCACCGCUUCUCGCGUGGAGGAGAAAGAGAAGAAACUCGAGGAGGCUAUAGCGCGCGGCCAACUGCUUUCUCAGGACGUUCGUUUUCCGAACAGGAAGAAACGGAGGCUGAACGACGACGUGCAGGACGGGCAGUAUGGAGACCGGAAUGAGGCGUAUGGCAGAGGCCGGGGUCGUGGUCGCGGUCGGGGCAGAGGAGGGGGCGGAGGGCAGGGACGCGGCGGCGGUGCUGCUCCUCAAGAGCCUCGCGUUCCUCACUCGCUGCCCGCAAAGCCUUCCGUAUCAUCGCACGUGGCUACCGAAAUUGCCAACUCGUCUGGUGCACGCCCGGCUGCCACAUUGCCCAUUGCUUACGCUGAGGACAGCAAUUCUGACUCCGAGUCCGAUGGUGCUCCCGAGGUAGUAUCGUCGAAGGCGGCUCCCGAGAUAGUUGAUGUGCAAAGUCACAUACCUAUCGACGCUUCGGGUGACGACGUGGAAAUGGAGGAACCUCGCGUUGAGGUUCGGCCGCCUUUAUCACAACAGGUUCGGCCAGUGAAAAAGAGCCAUGCUAGGCAACCACGAAAACCAUUGCAUAACCCUUUCGCUGCGCGCCCAUCCUUACUACGGAAUCUGCUUACCCCGGAGAUCCGGAUGACCGUGUCUAACUUAUCCCAAGCCAUUCGCUUUCUUGUCGACAACGAUUUCCUGGACAACGUCGAGCUGAAGCCAGGACAGGCCUCUGACAGGAUGAUUGAAGUUAUUGGGACAUCCAGCACGGAAGGGCUCGAAGCCACCGUGACGCGACCUGCGUCCUCCGAAGACGCAGAGAACCACUCUACCUCAUAA